UCGAUGGAGCUAGGACUUUGUGCAUUCUGCCCACGGCUUUGUGGCUGGGUAAUACAUAGAUGAACAUGCAGUCUUAAAUAGUAACUUGCACUUAUGAGCUCGUAUCAGAUCUUGGAAUGUAUGAUGACUUGUAUUUGGAGGAUUCCUGCACUUACAGGGUUAUUGUUCAAAAAUAUUUAUGAGGGCUCCAAUACCUCAGAAUUUGCUCUCAAGAGCAGUUGUAUACAAUGCUUCCGGCUGCUGGAACAUAUCACUUUCCUUGGGAAAUAAACUCAGCAUCAGUUUCAGAAGGGAUGACCCUGAGAACAUUUGGCAGGCUGCACUCCUAUGAUUUGGUCUGCUCCCAAGCCACCUUAACAGCUCAGCAUGCGUCAGUUCAGUACUGCUGCCGAGUUUGUACCAAGUUCGUGGAACCAUUCCAAGCCCUACUUGGAUCUCAGUAUAUUGUCUUGGGGGAAGCUGAAUAUGAGGAGGGUGAGGAGAUAGUGCUAAAGGCCCGCGUGUUUACAUGCGUGGAAGGAAUAAACCUUCAAUUGUUGGAGAAAGCUAUAGAGGAACAGAGAAAAUAUUUCCAGGAGAGACAAAAGAACCUGGAAGGAAGUACUACUUAGUGCUGUACUUUGGGACGGACUUACGAAAUAGAAUUCUUGCUAUUCUGGAUACACCUAAUUCAUCUCCCAUGUUUCCUUCUACUGUGCCGUUUUGUAACAGUUUUUUGAAAUUGUGAUGUGCAUUUUGGGAUUGGGAUGAACUAUUUUUCACAGGGCUUUUUAUCUUUAAAGUCAAAGAAUGCAAAUUGCCCCUAAUGUUCUAGAAUUGCUCCUCAUAUUACAUUAGGGUGCAUGUAAGUCACCACCAUGUUUAGAAAGCCAUUUAAACAAUACAAAAUGCAAAGAGUUAAUACAAAUCUCAAUUUCCGAAGUUGACAUGUACUAUGGAAUCCCAGAUUUUUUGCAAAUGAGCUUAUUUUGAAGCAGAUAAGUUUAUUAGUUUGAAAUCAUGGAAAUGGCUAGUACUUGGCUUUUAAAUAUUCUUGUUCUUUUUAUAGUAAAAAUAAAAAAUUAACAGUUGAAAUGUC